AUGUUCUCAGACAAUUCACAGUGUCCUGAUUGUGGACAGCAGUGGUUUUCUAGUUUAGAACAAGGCCACUGGUUGUACCAAAGUAAACCCGUUGAAAGUGAAUAUUGCCAAGUCUUUUUAGACCAUAUUAAUAAAGCGGAUUAUUGCUCUGAAUGUUAUCCUCAUAAUCCUGCUAAUAGAAGUCUUGUUCUUCUUUCUUUCCCACUCAAGUGGACUCUCCAAAAUCUCACUGGGUGGACCUUUGAAAAAGCUUCCCAUCCUUUUCUUCUGGGUCCUCCACUGCUUAGAAAAAGGAUACAUGACUUCAGAGUAGCUGGCUUUAGCCCUGCAUUGCAGUUAAUCUUGACCAGAACAGAUAAAACCUUAAACAAAGAAAAACUUGGCCAAAACAAGUAA